GAGGGCGGGAGCGGGUCGCGGUCUGGACUCCAUUUCCCGGCGGCCCUGCGCGUGUGGCGCGUGCGCAAUGUUCCUGGCGGCGAACGGAAGAUGGCGGCGGCGGCAGCGUAUGUGAAGAGGCGCUGCUGAGGGGGCGCGAGGGGGACGGAGGCCCGAGCCGUGGCAGCACCUGACGGCAGCCAUGGCAAGCAACAGUGGGGACAGCGUCACCCGCCGGAGUGUGGCAUCACAGUUUUUUACUCAAGAAGAGGGGCCAGGCAUUGAUGGCAUGACCACCUCAGAGAGGGUGGUGGAUCUCCUCAACCAGGCAGCGCUGAUCACCAAUGACUCAAAGAUCACAGUGCUCAGACAGGUCCAGGAGCUGAUCAUCAACAAAGACCCCACACUACUGGACAACUUCCUGGAUGAGAUCAUCGCUUUCCAAGUAGACAAGUCGAUUGAAGUGCGAAAAUUUGUCAUCGGCUUCAUUGAGGAGGCAUGCAAGCGAGACAUCGAGUUACUGCUGAAACUGAUUGCGAACCUCAACAUGCUCCUGAGGGACGAGAAUGUGAAUGUGGUGAAGAAGGCCAUCCUCACCAUGACCCAGCUCUACAAGGUGGCCCUGCAGUGGAUGGUGAAGUCACGGGUCAUCAGUGAGCUCCAGGAGGCCUGCUGGGACAUGGUGUCUGCCAUGGCUGGGGACAUCAUCCUGUUGUUGGACUCUGACAAUGAUGGCAUCCGCACUCAUGCCAUCAAGUUUGUGGAGGGCCUCAUUGUCACCCUGUCACCCCGAAUGGCUGACUCAGAGAUACCCCGACGCCAGGAGCACGACAUCAGCUUGGACCGUAUCCCUCGGGACCACCCCUACAUCCAGUACAACGUGCUGUGGGAAGAGGGAAAGGCAGCCCUGGAGCAGCUGCUCAAGUUCAUGGUGCACCCCGCCAUCUCCUCCAUCAACCUGACCACAGCACUGGGUGCCCUCGCCAAUAUCGCCCGCCAGAGACCCAUGUUCAUGUCCGAGGUGAUCCAGGCCUAUGAAACCCUGCAUGCCAACCUCCCCCCGACGCUGGCCAAAUCGCAGGUGAGCAGCGUGCGUAAGAACCUCAAGCUGCACCUGUUGAAUGUGCUGAAGCACCCCGCCUCCCUGGAGUUCCAGGCCCAGAUCACCACCCUGCUGGUGGACCUGGGCACACCUCAGGCCGAGAUUGCCCGCAACAUGCCCAGCAGCAAGGAUGCCCGCAAGCGGCCCCGGGAUGACUCGGAUUCCACACUCAAGAAGAUGAAGCUAGAGCCCAACCUGGGGGAAGACGAUGAGGACAAGGACUUGGAGCCAGGCCCAUCGGGAACCUCGAAGGCCUCAGCCCAGAUCUCAGGCCAGUCAGACACAGAUAUCACAGCCGAGUUCUUACAGCCUCUGCUGACACCCGACAAUGUGGCCAAUCUGGUUCUCAUCAGCAUGGUGUACCUGCCUGAGGCCAUGCCCGCAUCCUUCCAAGCCAUCUACACGCCCGUGGAGUCAGCAGGCACCGAAGCCCAGAUCAAGCACCUGGCUCGGCUCAUGGCCACGCAGAUGACGGCCGCAGGACUAGGGCCAGGCGUGGAGCAAACCAAACAGUGCAAGGAGGAGCCCAAGGAGGAGAAGGUGGUGAAGCCCGAGAGCGUCCUGAUCAAGCGACGCCUGCCAGCCCAGGGCCAAGCCAUCUCGGUGGUGGGCUCCCUGAGCUCCAUGUCCCCUCUGGAGGAGGAGGCGCCCCAGGCCAAGAGGAGGCCGGAGCCCAUCAUUCCUGUCACACAGCCCCGGCUGGCGGGUGCCGGUGGGCGCAAGAAAAUCUUCCGUCUCAGCGACGUGCUGAAGCCCCUGACUGAUGCCCAGGUUGAGGCCAUGAAGCUGGGUGCUGUGAAGCGGAUCCUGCGGGCGGAGAAGGCUGUGGCCUGCAGCGGGGCAGCCCAGGUGCGCAUAAAGAUCCUGGCCAGCCUGGUGACGCAGUUCGACUCGGGCCUAAAGGCGGAGGUCCUGUCCUUUAUCCUAGAGGAUGUGCGGGCCCGCCUGGACCUGGUCUUUGCCUGGCUCUACCAGGAGUACAACGCCUACCUGGCAGCCGGGGCCUCGGGCACCCUGGACAAGUAUGAGGACUGCCUCAUCCGCCUGCUCUCCGGCCUGCAGGAGAAACCGGACCAGAAGGAUGGGAUCUUCACCAAGGUGGUGCUGGAGGCCCCGCUCAUCACUGAGAGUGCCCUGGAGGUGAUUCGCAAGUACUGCGAGGACGAGAGUCGCACCUACCUGGGCAUGUCCACGCUUCGAGACCUAAUCUUUAAGCGCCCGUCCCGCCAAUUCCAGUAUCUGCACGUCCUCCUAGACCUCAGCUCCCAUGAGAAGGACAAGGUGCGUUCCCAGGCCUUGCUGUUCAUCAAACGCAUGUACGAAAAGGAGCAGCUCCGAGAGUACGUGGAGAAAUUUGCCCUCAACUACCUGCAGCUCUUGGUCCACCCCAACCCACCGUCUGUGCUGUUCGGAGCCGACAAGGACACAGAGGUGGCAGCGCCCUGGACCGAGGAGACGGUGAAGCAGUGUCUGUACCUCUACCUGGCCCUUCUGCCUCAGAACCACAAGCUCAUCCACGAGCUGGCGGCCGUGUACACCGAGGCCAUUGCUGACAUCAAGCGGACGGUGCUGAGAGUCAUUGAGCAGCCGAUCCGAGGAAUGGGCAUGAACUCGCCAGAGCUGCUCCUCCUGGUGGAAAACUGUCCCAAGGGAGCAGAGACGCUGGUCACCCGAUGUCUACAUAGCCUCACAGACAAAGUCCCCCCCUCCCCAGAGCUGGUGAAGCGGGUCCGAGAUCUCUACCACAAGCGGCUGCCGGACGUCCGCUUCCUCAUCCCGGUGCUUAAUGGGCUGGAGAAGAAAGAGGUGAUCCAGGCGCUGCCUAAACUCAUCAAGCUCAACCCCAUCGUGGUGAAGGAGGUCUUCAACCGCCUGCUGGGCACCCAGCACGGUGAAGGGAACUCGGCCUUGUCCCCCCUGAACCCUGGAGAGCUGCUGAUCGCAUUGCACAACAUUGACUCGGUGAAGUGUGACAUGAAGUCCAUCAUCAAAGGGCUUUUGGCAGCCUGCCACGUGGUCUCCCACCAGCUGUCCCCACCUCCCAAUCCAGCUAGUUCCCAGAGCACGUUUCUCUCCUGCUUGGGCACCAGUGGUCUUCCUGGUCGCAUGAGCAACCCUGCGAUAAGCUCCAGAUCCAAACGUCCAGCCCUUUUUUGUGCACAGUUGGACUCCGAGUGCCCGAGAGUGUAAGCUGUCGUUCCCGGCACGUGCUCUGCCCAUAAACCAUCCUCUGUCUCUGGCUGGCUUUCUGUAACUAGAUCCACCCUCAGGGGUCUGUCCCAGCAAUUAAGGAAACUCCUUGAGCACUGCUUCUCAGCCACAUCCUGGGUGGUGCUGGGGACACAGUGGGACGGCCUCAGCCCUGCUCUCCCAGGGCUCACAGUCGAGAGCGGGAGACCCGAGGUCCCUGCACAGGAACGACUCGGCAGGGCUGGGGCGACUCAGGGCAGGGCUGGGGCGGGCAACCCCGGCUGGGUCACAGGGAGGGCUUCCUGAGGGAGAGAGCUGAGACCAGGUGAAGAUGAGUUGGGAGCGAGGUAGCAGUGGGGAGACAGUAGCAGGGAAGGGAAGAAUAGAGCUGAGCAGUUGGGGGAGGCCUGGUCAGGCUGUAACCACUGAGGAAACGAUGCCCAGGGCCCACCCACAGGGGGGCUCACAGCCAGGGAAUUUGGCCUUGAUCUCUUGAGAGCCUCUGGGAGGGAUGGAAUCAGGUUAGAGCUUUCCAGAGAACCCCUCAAGCUGCUGUAUGGAGAGUGGGUGAGAGGCUGGGCGGGAGGCCCAGGAGGAGGCUGGGGCAGGACUGAUGGGGAGGGGAGGGAAGGGAAGGGUCGAUUCCAGAGGCCUUUGGGGAAUAGAGCAGACAGGACCCAGUGACGGCCUGGCCAUGGGGGACAGAGUGGGGGUGCUGCUUCGAUUUCUGACAGGGCCUUGCCUCCUCCACUGUCUCUGCCCACUCAGCCUCCUUCCUGCCUGUCCUCCUGUAACGCUGGCGUCCUCCCCCUUCGAGCCCCACCCCUGUUCUCCAUUAGCCUCCAGGGAUGGGGGGGCCUCUCUUCUAGCUCAAUAAAGACUUCCUGGUUGACAGAC